GGUUAGUUAGAUACCAGGAAAGUUGGGUUAUGUUGUGUCAAAAAAUGAAUUUUUCACAUUAAGCAAAAUAUCGUAAUAAUAAUAAUACAAAAUGAGGCUAACAAAUUUAUUAUUUUCUCGGGUUGGAAAAUACUCCAAGGAUUACUCGAAUUUGCCCGACAGUUAUAUAAAAAGAGCGAUGGAACAAGUUUACUGGAAAAAUCCAAAAGGUCCGCAAUAUAGGCCCAACGCUGUAGUGCAGAGAAAAAAGUUUCAUUUUGAUACCGAAAGACCGUGGUCAGCGCAAUUCAGGCAAGAAAAUUCGCCCAACCGACAUCACAAGAAAAUUUUCGUUGAACCCAUUAAGGAGUGGAGUUUCUUUAGAGGAGAUCGUGUGGAAGUAUUGGUUGGAAAGGAUAAAGGCAAGCAAGGGAUUGUCAAGCAAAUAAUUCAGGAAAGAAACUGGGUGUUGGUUGAGGGACUCAACUGCGAGCUCAAGAAACUUGGGGACGAUAAGGAAUUUGCUGGUGUAUAUGUUCAAUCAGAAAAACCUUUAUUAGUCACUUCAGAGGUGUCCCUUGUAGACCCUUCCGACUUCGCCACAACAGGUUUUGAAUGGAGGUUCACUGAAAGCGGGGAACGAGUCAGAGUUUCAACUAGAACAGGCAGAAUAAUUCCCACACCUCCCAGUGCAGAAGAAACUAUCGAUUAUAAAACCAAGUCCACCUAUAAAGAACAACCCAAGGAUACAGUAGCAGAUGAUGUCACUGAAGUGACAUUUGAGCCCAGAUUAGCAACGUUUGAAAUGGACCUUAUGGAUAAAAUGGGCAUCAAGGAAGACAGAGUCCCACCCAAGUCAUUUUGGUAUUAAAAUAGUUUAUUAAUAAAUUUGUAAAUAAGGUA